GGGCGCUCAUUGUGCGGAGUGAUCUGAUACGGACUACACCCAGCCGCUGCCUCACUGCCCUGGCUUUCUUUGCUGCCCCAGCCCUGACGUCGGUGAACGUCGAAGUGCGGCUUUCACUGGAGACUCCAAAUUCGUCUGUCGGCUUUCCUCCGAGUUGGCUGUCUCUUGAUCCACAACGCUUUCUCCUCAUCUGUAGGCAGUUUUGUAAAGCAUCAAUAUCUUGAACAUGUCUUGGCAAAGCUAUGUGGAAAACCUGAUGGCCGAUGGCAGCUGUCAGGAUAGCGCCAUUGUUGGAUAUACAGACGCCAAAUAUGUUUGGGCAGCACAUGCCGGUGGUACAUUCAACAAUAUCACGGUAAGAAGUCGGAAUAGGAAAACUGAAGCGAGGGUAUGCUUAAUUUUUGACUGUGUUGUUAUCUACCGGGCUCUUCAAUUGUCACCGGGUUGAAUGAAUAACCGUUAUCUUUCGACUAGCAAGCUAACAGUCUGCGCUAGCUAGCGUGCUAGCUAGUUCAUCAGUGGCCUGUUUCCGAAACAGCGGGAUUAGACCGCGUGUGGGUCUACAAUGACUACACUCAUAAAUCACACCGAUUAGAAAGAAAUAAAGAAAUUAAAUGCUACGAAUAACCACUAGUUGGUAGUUUGGGAGACGCCGAAGGGUGCUAAAUAAGACAAGUGUAGACGGUGUCUGGGUGAAACGUGCAUGCUUUUGUGUGCACGGCCGCUUUGAUUAGCUAACGUUAAGCUGCUGCUGCCUUACCGGCUACCUGUGCUCAAAAAAGGCUAACACCACAAGACGACUAUUCAUCCUUAAUGAGGCUUCCUAAAUAUUGAAGUGGUGGAUUAUUAAGCAUUAUAUUCGCAUAUAUAAUUUUUUGAUGCAGUUUAAACAGCAAUGUAGCCAUUCAUAAAAGCUAGUCCGCUGCUGAGACGUCGCUUCACCCCCGCCAGCUACUGCAGACAUGGGGCAUGAUGAGUUUAUGUCCAGGAUUUCCACGUACUUGAUAUCAGUUAAUUUGCAAAUAUUCAGCUUCUACCACAAACCCCACAUGACAAUAAAACACAGAGUGAAUCAUAUUUAUUCAGUAUUCAGCAUGAGCCAGUUUAGUGGAUCGACUAAUAUGUGAAAUAAGGUUACACACUACCUUCAUCGCCAAUUUAAUAUGCUGAUCAAUCACUACAGGGGAUGCAGCAGCUUAUAAGUCGUGUGGACUGAUAUAGCCUCCCUCUGGACAAGCAUUUACCAUAGACCACUGAAUAAUGAAUGCUUAGAUUACUCAAUUCUACAAGUAUGAAUGGGUUGACUCGGAUAAGGUAAUUCAACUAAAAUAGUAUAAGCAACAGUUGCCAAUAAUUCAGAACAGUUUGCUACCACCUUUUUUUUUGUUUUAGUUUGGACUUUGGAAUCAAUAUCAGUCAGGAACUCUCCAAUCUGUGCAUCCCUUAUCAGUAGAUCUGUAAAGUCUCACAAGAUGGUGAAGUGCAGUUAAACUUUCUAGAGCUUGAGGCUGUGAAUCAUAGUGUCUCCCCCCCCCCCACAUUCCAACAAUCCAGUGUCUGCACAUUAUCUGUUUUCAAUCAUUUAUGUCAAAAGACUGCAAAGCUUGCCAAUAAGCCAGAACUUUUUUUAUUUUUUGCUGUAUAAGUGACUAGCAAAAACCACCCACUGAUUAUGAUUUUAUUCCAGUUAUCCAUCAAAUUACUUAUAUAUCUCUUCAGCUCUGAUUGAAAACCAGGUAUCAUCAUUAUUAUUGUAUUUUGUUCCAGCUAAACUUUAGAGCAUAAGCAGCAGUGCAUCACAAAGAGGAUGUUCUUUAUAGACCGAUUUCUUUCUUCCCCAAAAAGUCUUGUGCUCUGCUUUAUUCAAGAGUUUGACUGUUUUUGCCAUCUUACAUUGACCACAGUAAAGCCCUUUGACUUCUACAUUAUUCCUUGUACAAUGAUAAACGCUGUACUUUUGAUCCAACUUUAAAACUUUUUAAUAUUUGAUAUCCCUACUGUUUAUCUGGCUGACUGACAUCCCCGGUGGUUUCUUGUGUUGUUUUAGUCUCAAGAAAUUGAUGUACUCGUCGGUAAGGACAGGGAGACCUUUUACACCUGUGGUCUCACUCUGGGCUCUAAGAAGUGUUCGGUCCUCAGAGACAGCCUGCAUGAUGAUGGCGACUGGACAAUGGACAUCAGGACGAAGAGCCAAGGAGGAGAACCUACAUACAACAUUGCUGUGGGGAGAGCUGGGAAAGGUAAAUAUCUAGAUUAAAAAGCUGCUACUUCAGUGCAGAUGUUGAAAAUAAAGAUUUUGAGCGUUUAUACACCUUUAGUGAUUUGUUAUAAAAUAUCACACUGUGUUCUGGCUGCUUGACAAGGGUUUAGUGCUUUAGGAAGUGUAGAUAGAAACCCAAUGAGGAUAGUUAACCCUUUUCCAAGACAUUUUAUGGUUUCAACUUCUUAUGUGAGAACUUUUAGCUUUCUGUGUCACACAUGAUAUACUCCUCAUAUUGGGACUGAGGGUCAGAAAAUAAACAUUUCAGGACAUCACCUUGGAUUGAAGGAGAAAGGAUGGUGGUCCAAUCACUUUACUAUUUAUGGACUGAAGAUUUUGCAAAUUCAACUAUUGAUAAGCAUUAGUUUCAGCCUUGAGAGAGACAAUUCAGACAUUUGCCAAAUCAGAAUAUCACUAGUUGAUGUAAUUUGUAAUCCAUCUGUGAGUGGAGGAAUGAAAAUGAAUAGUUUCCAGUUAAAUUAAGUAAAAACUACAGUGAAAAUGAGAGUUUGACAGGGCUGAAUGUGGUCUUAUGUUGGGUUUUUUUUGAACAACAGUCGAAAACAAAAAAAAAAAAUAUCAGUUACUAAAAUUGAACAACAAAAAGUAACAUUUUCAUUUAGGUAAUUGGAACCAACAAAUGUUUUUUGUGGUUGGAAAAUGACCAUGGAAGAAUAUGUUUACUAAAAUAACUGUAAUGAACUUUUCUUUGAUUUACUAGCCAACUUUUGUAUCACAAAUUUUCAAAUAUAGCUUGUAAGGAUUUUGGACCCAACAUCCUGCUGUGCUCUUGGUAAAACUUAUUGAUGCAGUUAAAAUAUUAAAUAAAUAAUUAUUAUAAUUGAUUCAUUUAAGUAAAUAUCAGUCAUUGGCCUACUUCAGUCUGUUUGUCUUUGUGGUCCUCUGUCCAAUAUUGCUUCAGUGUUUCUCUUAUAGGGAGAUUUGCCUGUCAUUCAACUUUUCAAAAGUGCUUUACACUUCCCAUAAACCAGGGGUGGGCAAUCAUGUGCCAUGGAGGGCCGAGAGGCUGCAGGUUUUCUUUCCAACCCAAAACUCCACCAGGUGAUUUCACUGAUUAGUCCUUGCUCUCUGCUUGGAGGUAAGGUAAUCAGUGAAAUCACCUGGAGGAGUUUUGGGUUGGAAAGAAAACCUGCAGCCUCUAGGCCCUCCAUGGCACAUGAUUGCCCACCCCUGCCAUAAACCAUAAGAAUGGUCUAAAUGACUUGUGGUUCACAAGUCAUUUACGUUGUUACACAAAGCUGGCAAAGCUCUGGCAGACCUUCCAUCCUAUUCUCACUUCAAACUGACAAACUGCUACUGGGGAAAAAUCUUGAGUGCUGCUAGUUUUUCUGAUGGAAACACUGUUUGCAAUCACAACCAAAAACUGUUCUCCUUUUCAUUUUUUCCAACACUACUUCCUGAUUUCCUCCUUUAAAUGCAUGUUGUACUCAACAAAGGGUUUACAAACUCUGGUGUCAAUGAACACGUUUAAUUUGCCCUCACAUGUGCAGUGAUAGUUAAGUCUUCACACACUGGUGAAAAUGAGAGAAUAUUCACUCAAGUCUCUUGCAUGAACUGUCUGAAUCUUUAAAAGGAGAUCCUUUUCAUACUUCUGACAACAAAUGAUUUCUUUUCAUUUCACUCUUAAAUGUGAUAUAAAUCUAGUUUGUUGCUAUCGGCAAAGGUCAUACAGUAAUAUCCUGACCUGUUCUGUAUGCUGAUUUUCCUAAAGCUUAAAUCGAGUUAAUUAUAUUAGCCUUUAGUAGUGAUAUCAAACCAUGUGUUAAAGACCAGAGAUUUCCAGACUGAGUGAUUAAAGUUACAAAUUGAGUAGUCUUUUCGUCUUUGUAACUGGGCUGUAGACAGCUCACCCUGCAUGGCACAUGGUUUAAUAUCUCUAAAAUAUAGACAACACCUUUUUACUGAAAAUACCUUUCCUUCCACCUUUUUGUUUUACUUUUCUAAACUGUCCUCUUUUCUAUCUUUUCUCUUCCAGUUUUGGUUCUUGUAAUGGGCAAAGAAGGGGUCCAUGGAGGCGGAUUGAAUAAGAAGGCUUACUCAAUGGCAAAAUACUUGAGGGAUUCAGGGUUUUAAUGUUUUUCAAGCUCACAUAGAUAAAAUGAGGGACAAAAAAGAAGAGAAAAGAAAAUAUUGCUGUUAAGAUUUCUCCUGCAAGCAGUCAAAUGUCUUGGAAACUUUAAUAGCAAUGAAGAGUGGUAAGAUACUGUGUCACCUGUGUUCCCCCCCUCUCCUUCAUCCUGUAGGAGGGGGAAACUCUUCAAUUUUGUUCAUUUCUCUUUUUUUCCUUGUGUGCUCCAGUAUUGGUUAUAGUCAUGGGAAAAGAGGCGGUCCAUGGUGGAAUUCUGAACAAGAAAGCAUUUACAAUGGCUGACUACCUGAGGAAGUCUGGAUAUUGAGCAACCUCACCACCCAUCCAUCAACUUAGCAGCUCGCUCCCACUCACCGCAUUGUGUUGACACAACUUCCAGGAUUAGAUGGCAUACAACAUUAUCUCCCCCCCAGUCUACUUUUUUUUACACAGCCUUUAUUUUUGCUCAACCCCCCCACUCCCCAUCUUUUUUUCUUUCUUUCUUUUUCUUUAAGUCCUUCCCCACUUUAACAUUGUACUUCCAUGUAAGCACUGCAGUAAUGGCAUGUUCAUUUAAAUGUUUAACCAAAAGUGUGCAAAAAAAUGUUUUGCAAAGUGUAAUAAAAAUGGAACACAAAAUUGGACUUGCUUUGUGUUACAUUCACUGGUUAAUAAUCAAAGGGGAAGUACACAUGUAACGGUGGUGACAGUUUGCAUAGUUAUGCUUUGUGAGCAUUAUUAAAGAUGCCAGCCUUGAGGUUGCAGUUUUUUAUCAUCAGCAUGUGGGCAUUUAAAAGUUGCAUGCAUACUGUGUUUAACUUACAAACCCCAGCCCCUCCCUUCCUCCCUCUGUCACUGCACAAUAUUCUAGCCAAAACCAUCUGCUCACCUCGUCGUCUUCAAGCCUCCAUUGGAAAAAUAAUAAAUAAAUAAAUAAAUAAAAUCUUCCUCUGACAAAGUCCUGUAUGUGUGUCCCAAAUCUCCAUCCUCCAGCCCUUUUGUUUCCCUCCAUCACAUGCUUUGCUCUUGUAUCUGUAUGUGGCGACGGGCUGUUGUUUGAGUGUAGUUUAAAUCCAGAUCCAGGAGUCUCAGUGGACAUUCCACCUCUGUGACGGCUCAGUCGGCUUCUGCUGUUUGUAAAUUCAUCUGAGAAUCACAACACACUCAUGUUAUAUGUGGAGUGCCCCCUCCCCCCCUUCCCAUCCCACCUCCCCUUUGGACCAAUUGUCAGUAAAAGAGGAUGAUCAGAACGACUCCAGCUUAUUCUGAUUGAUUGUUGGCAUUGCCUGUUGACUGUAAACCAUUAAGACAACUUCAGAUGACUGUAAAACAUGUAACUGCUUCCUUAGACUUCAGCACUACUUAAACUUUUUAUCACUAAUCGAUUUGUUGCUAACUUCAUGUCCAUUAACCAAUGAAACGGCAAUGCCAUUUUACUACAGUAUGAAUGCAUUUUGACUGUAAACCCAGGCUGUUGGCCUCCAACACCUUGGACAUUAUCUGCCUUGUGCUUUAGUCAUCAGAGGUGUAUUCACAAUUGUCAGUACGGUACUUAGAAGUAUAUUUAAAAGAAAAAAAAACAAUGCUGUGUACACUAAACAUAUUGAAAAUGGUGUUGGUUGGAAUACGAACAUUUGUAAGUUGUCUUGUGAAAAUUUUCUGAGAAUAAGUGUGUAUUCUGUGCCAUAAAAUCGAUCUGAUCUGUUGCUACCAAGAGUUGGAUUUUUAACUGCUGCCCUGGCAAGAAGUAACUUUCAAUGGCACUUUCUGAAGGGAUAUUUUGGCAUCAGUAAUCUCCAGACUUUGUGGAAUAUGUACAGAAUUAAACAACAGAAAAAAUAAGUUUGAAAUAUUUUGUCUUUUUUUUUUUUUUUUUGUUUGAAAUUCCCUCUGCCACAACAUCUGCUAUUUCAAAUGCCAUGAAUUGAUGAGACAUCUUGUUUACAGACGGAUCAAAUAAAAGUUAUUCCAACCAGAUUUUAAGUCA